AUGGCCGAAUCAAUGUCUCCUCAAUCAUACCCAUCAUCUCCCUCUAAAGCCGGUCACUCAUCACGAUCGCGCCCGUCCCUUUCACUCGACCUCUCAAAGCUCCCACCUCUCAUCCAACCCUCACCACCCUCAAACACACUCUUGAUAACAGAUCUCCGUGACCUGGUCCUCUUCCAGCCCUCAUCACUAGAUGAAAUCCGCCAAAAGAUCACAGCAGUAGUUCCCUUGAACUCCUUCUCCCCCCUCCCAUCUCUGCGCCGUAUAAUCUGCUCUUUCAACUCCGACAAAGACGCAAUCACUAUCCGCAAAAUGCUAGAAGGCCAGCGCCUCCUGAACCGGGACGUCCGUCCCAGGAUCUACUUCGGCGAACCAACUCCUAUCCUCAGCGAAGACGAAGCCAAUCGUCCUAAACAGCAUCUCGAGGCGCCGCAGGUCGGAAAGUUGUUCUUCAUCUCCCCACCUCCUAGCCCACCGCACGGUUGGGUACUGCGCAAUGAGGACCCACCCAACAAGGAUGUUCACGCUAGUGACCUCGCCCAAGCACUUGCCCAGCUGAAGACGGACCGUUCUGAGUCCUAUGCUGUAGACCCUGCUACACCUGUCUCUAUUACAGACGGUAAGCGGACGCCUAGCUGGCCGCUUUCUGCGUCGCACUCGCGUAGUCGCAGCAGCACUAUUAUCUAUAACCCUGAAGAUCACGGUCACAGCCCCAAUUUGCCCGCUGUUAUGGUGGAGGAUAUGACGCUGAAUGACGAGGACGUCGAUAUGGAUGCUGAGAUGAGCCCGAUUGAAAUGUCGGUCAGCAAGACACCGCCAAAGACUUCUCGGCCUCCUGUUGAGCUGAUGGAUUAG